AUGGAUUCAAAACCCGAAUGCUUUGAAAACUGUAAUCUAAAUCCUAUUGAAUGUAGUCAGCAGCCAGAUGUUCAAAAAUGUUUUUGUAACUUUGGAUAUGUUAGAAUUGAGGGUGUCUGCGUUCCGGACACAACUUGUGAAUGUGAUGAAAACUCAGAAUAUACUCAUGGUAAUGAGUGUUUCGAUACAUGUGGAACUAAUCCAGAGAAUUGUAGCAAAUUACCGUGUCAUAAAAGCUGUUAUUGUGAUGACGGUUUCGUGAGGAUAGACGGGAACUGCGUUGCAGAAACCGAGUGUGCUUGUGGAGAAAACGAAGAGUACAAACCUUCAAGCGAAUGCAUUGAAGAAUGCGGACAGGACGAAGACACAUGCAAGGAUGCACCGGUUUGGAAGAGAUGUUCAUGCAUAGCGCAAUUCAAGAGGGUCGACGGCGUUUGCGUUCCGGACACAACUUGUGAGUGUCCGGAAAACGAACACAUGGAUUCCCUGAACUCAUGCUUCGAAACCUGCGGAACAAAUCUUCAUGAUUGUACUCAAGAGCCAGUUGUUCGGAAAUGUUACUGCGACUUGGGAUUUGUUAGGGUAGAUGGAGUUUGUGUUGCAGAUUCGGCUUGCGAAUGUCCCGAAAACUCAGCAUACGUUCACGGUAACGAAUGCUACGAAACUUGCAGCUCUAAUCCCAUAGAAUGCGCCAAAUUGCCAUGCCAGAAGAGUUGUCAUUGCAAUGACGGUUUUGUGAGGAUUGAAGGAAAUUGUGUUGCAGAAACCGAGUGUACUUGUGGAGAUAACGAAGAGUACAGACCGUCAAGCGAAUGCAUCGAAGAAUGCGGGCAGGACGAAGACACAUGCAAGGAUGCACCGGUUUGGAAGAGAUGUUCAUGCAUAGCGCAAUUCAAGAGGGUCGACGGCGUUUGCGUUCCGGACACAACUUGUGAGUGUCCGGAAAACGAACACAUGGAUUCCCUGAACUCAUGCUACGAAACCUGCGGAACAAAUCUUCAUGACUGCACUCAAGAGCCAGUUCGGAAAUGCUACUGCGACUUGGGAUUUGUUAGGGUAGAUGGAGUUUGUGUUGCAGAUUCGGCUUGCGAAUGUCCCGAAAACUCAGCAUACGUUCACGGUAACGAAUGCUACGAAACUUGCGGCUCUAAUCCUAUAGAAUGCGCCAAAUUGCCAUGCCAAAAGAGUUGUCAUUGCAAUGACGGUUUCGUGAGGAUAGACGGGAACUGUGUUGCAGAAACCGAGUGUACUUGUGGAGAUAACGAAGAGUACAGACCGUCAAGCGAAUGCAUCGAAGAAUGCGGACAGGACGAAGACACAUGCAAAGAUGCACCGGUUUGGAAGAGAUGUUCAUGCAUAGCGCAAUUCAAGAGGGUCGACGGCGUUUGCGUUCCGGACACAACUUGUGAGUGUCCGGAAAACGAACACAUGGAUUCCCUGAACUCAUGCUACGAAAUCUGCGGAACAAAUCUUCAUGAUUGUACUCAAGAGCCAGUUGUUCGGAAAUGUUACUGCGACUUGGGAUUUGUUAGGGUAGAUGGAGUUUGUGUUGCAGAUUCGGCUUGCGAAUGUCCCGAAAACUCAGCAUACGUUCACGGUAACGAAUGCUACGAAACUUGUAGCUCCAAUCCUAUAGAAUGCGCCAAAAUGCCAUGCCAGAAGAGUUGUCAUUGCAAUGACGGUUUUGUGAGGAUAGACGGGAACUGUGUUGCAGAAACCGAGUGUACUUGUGGAGAUAACGAAGAGUACAGACCGUCAAGCGAAUGCAUCGAAGAAUGCGGACAGGACGAAGACACAUGCAAAGAUGCACCGGUUUGGAAGAGAUGUUCAUGCAUAGCGCAAUUCAAGAGGGUCGACGGCGUUUGCGUUCCGGACACAACUUGUGAGUGUCCGGAAAACGAACACAUGGAUUCCCUGAACUCAUGCUACGAAACCUGCGGAACAAAUCUUCAUGAUUGUACUCAAGAGCCAGUUGUUCGGAAAUGUUACUGCGAUUUGGGAUUUGUUAGGGUAGAUGGAGUUUGUGUUGCAGAUUCGGCUUGCGAAUGUCCCGAAAACUCAGCAUACGUUCACGGUAACGAAUGCUACGAAACUUGCGGCUCUAAUCCUAUAGAAUGCGCCAAAUUGCCAUGCCAAAAGAGUUGUCAUUGCAAUGACGGUUUCGUGAGGAUAGACGGGAACUGUGUUGCAGAAACCGAGUGUACUUGUGGAGAUAACGAAGAGUACAGACCGUCAAGCGAAUGCAUCGAAGAAUGCGGACAGGACGAAGACACAUGCAAGGAUGCACCGGUUUGGAAGAGAUGUUCAUGCAUAGCGCAAUUCAAGAGAGUUGACGGCGUGUGCGUUCCGGACACAACUUGUGAGUGUCCGGAAAACGAACACAUGGAUUCUCUGAACUCAUGCUACGAAACCUGCGGAACAAAUCUUCAUGACUGUACUCAAGAACCAGUUAUUCGGAAAUGUUACUGCGACUUGGGAUUUGUUAGGGUAGAUGGAGUUUGUGUUGCAGAUUCAGCUUGCGAAUGUCCCGAAAACUCAGCAUACGUUCACGGUAACGAAUGCUACGAAACUUGCGGCUCUAAUCCUAUAGAAUGCGCCAAAAUGCCAUGCCAGAAGAGUUGUCAUUGCAAUGACGGUUUUGUGAGGAUAGACGGGAACUGUGUUGCAGAAACCGAGUGUACUUGUGGAGAUAACGAAGAGUACAGACCGUCAAGCGAAUGCAUCGAAGAAUGCGGACAGGACGAAGACACAUGCAAGGAUGCACCGGUUUGGAAGAGAUGUUCAUGCAUAGCGCAAUUCAAGAGGGUCGACGGCGUUUGCGUUCCGGACACAACUUGUGAGUGUCCGGAAAACGAACACAUGGAUUCCCUGAACUCAUGCUACGAAACCUGCGGAACAAAUCUUCAUGACUGCACUCAAGAGCCAGUUGUUCGGAAAUGUUACUGCGACUUGGGAUUUGUUAGGGUAGAUGGAGUUUGUGUUGCAGAUUCAGCUUGCGAAUGUCCCGAAAACUCAGAGUAUGUUCACGGUAACGAAUGCUACGAAACUUGCGGUUCUGAUCCUAUAGAAUGUGGCAAGUUGCCAUGCCAGAAGAGUUGUCAUUGCAGUGAAGGUUUUGUGAGGAUAGACGGGAACUGUGUCGCAGAUUCCGAGUGUGAAUGUCCAGAUACUGAAGAGUACGUCUACGGAAAUGAUUGUAUUGAAAAUUGCUUUUUGUCCCUCUCGGAUUGCCGCCAAUUUGAAUCACACAAAAGAUGCACAUGCCUCGAUGGUUUCAAAAGAAUAAGUGGGGUGUGUGUUCCGGAUACGGAAUGCGAAUGCGGCACCAAUGAGGUCUUUAGAUAUGGUUCGGCUUGUGCGGAUAUAUGUGGAAAUACUAUUGACAGCUGUCUUGGCUCCGAAUGCUACAAAGGAUGUUUCUGCGCAGAAGGUUUCAAGAGAAUCGAUGGGGCUUGCAUGCCUGCAGAUGAAUGUGCUUGCGGGGACAACGAGGAGGAAAAGUGUGACUGGGAUUGCAGGUAUGACUCUAUUUCAUUGUUAAAUUGCAAUUUUUCGCUUAGUGACCAACUUCGUGACUUCGUGAAAUGUGCAUUGCUUUCGCCGUCGUUUGCAGACAGUGCUAAGUUGAAAGGCGAGACUUGCGGCCGGAAUGAGGUUUACACGGAUUGCGGCAGGGAUUGCCAGACGACGUGCGACAACAUGGGCGUGAAGUGUCCCAUUACGCACAUCAUCUGCCCCGCGGGCUGCUACUGCCAGCCCGGCUACGCCAGGAUCUACGAGGACGGCUGCUGCGUGGAGCAGGACAUCUGCCCAAGCUCUCCGUGUGGUGACAAUGAGCAGUGGCUGGAGUGUGGCGAUCCGCCGCAGCCGAUUCCCUGUCCGCAAAACUGCCUGGACGUCGGCAAGGAGUGCACUGAAGAGCUUCCGACGUGCGACGCUCCCGUGCCCGGCGGCUGCUACUGCAAGCCGGGCUUCGCGAGGGCGCCGGACAGCGAGCGGUGUGUCCCCAUCGAGAGCUGCAGCGCCAAGAACUGAGAGACGCCCUCAGGAGUCGCUAUCUUCCGGACAUAACCUGAAAGAGGGGAGGAAAACUUUAUUAGACUCUUACCACACUAAUUAACAUUUUCAAUAAAAUCCUCCACGGAGGGAUGAUAAAUUAGGACAUGAUUACGGGAUUUUGAUGGGAAGAACAAGGUUUCACGAGGAAAAU